GAGAAAGCUGGCAAGUUGCGCAAACUUGAGAAGUUUCGGCGCGCCUUGCCCCACGCCACUGGCGCGGCGCUGACUGCCGUCUUUGCCGAGGCGAAAGCUAGUCACCUCCCCGAGGGCCCCGUCUCGCGGCGAGAGCUGCUCAGGUCGCAGAAAGAGGUUUUGAACCAGAGAACUCUGCACGGAUCCAUAGGCAAAUGCCUUGCGCUGAAGUCCGCGCCGGGCGACGCGGUUGAGAUCACAUACGUGUGCCUCCACUCGUUCUUGCAGCAUGCGUUUGGCGAGUGCGCCGCGUUCAGGGACUUCGUCUUGUUGAGGCGCGGUGCCUGUCCUUCGUCGCCCGAGCGCCCGUGGCGGCUCAUCUAUUACGCGGACGAGUACAACCCUGGGCUGGAGCUCACGGCACGACAUUCCCGAAAACAAUUGAUGACGCACGUCACAGUUGCAGAGUUUGGAGCUUCCGCGAUCGAGCGGGAGGAGUGCUGGAUCACGAUUUCGGCUGCGCUCACGACGAUCGUCGACGCCACGAUCGAAUCAGGAUACAGUCAGCUAGCUGGGCGACUCCUGCAUAGCAUCUUCUGCGGGAGCACCGACCCGCACACGGCAGGCGUGACGUUGGAGCACGACGGCAUCUACGUGCAGUUGUUUUUCGGUCUCGGCGGAGUUCUGAUGGGCGGCCUGGCCCACAAGACCACGUGGGGCACGAAGGGCGACAAUGCUACUAGGAUGCGCAUGAAGUGCGUCAACUUGCACGCUCGGGACUCCGCGCCAGUCGCUGGGGCGGCCGACGAGCGCGGCGGCGACUACGCUCUCACUUGCAACAUCCACGAUGAGAGCAAGCUGGUGUUCGCUACCGACGAGCAGGUGUACGGGACCAUUGGCAGGCUCGCGCGCUACAAGGCCGCGGAAGAGCCAGAACGAUUCAAGAUUCGGCAGCAAGCAUUUGCCGUCUGGUGUUCUCAGCAUGCCAGAGCUCAGGGCAUCGUCAGGCCCGUGACCCGCGCGAUGACCGAGCCCGCUCACACGUUGUACAUCGGCGGGGUCAUGAACACGACGAUUUUUCUGUACUUGGACCUUUGUACAAGGGCGGUGCUUCUGGGCUGUUCCCAGCGCUUCGUGGCUUUCUUCAGAAAUGGACGUGGAACAUCAAGCGCCCGCAGAGACAACUUGCUGGAUAUCUUCGCCCCGAAGCGCGUUGAGAGCUGGCGCAAGGCAGGCCAUUUGAAGUGUCAUGCGUCGGAGCUGAUGCAACUCAUCCCCGUCCUCGCACACUGGGCGGGGGAGCACGGCGCUGGCAAACCAGGCACGGCCGCGUUUCUAGCGUGCGUUGACGUGCACGCGGCAGUGUCACUGAGGAGGACGAACAGCUGCUCGGGCGAUCACGCCCAGGCCAACCACAAAGUUCCGAAAGCGUAUGCCAAGGAUCAGUGCAACUUGACUGGGUUCGACGAGAGCGUGCUGUCGAAUGUGACGGAGAGGCACCUGUGGCAGCUCGGCAACAACCAGUGCUUCAACUUCGGCGCCCACCUCGAGGACCCCAGCGCGGCGCCGAGGAGGCUGGGGGACCUGGCGCGGGCAGAGUUGACUGUCCGCGCCGACGCCUACGUGGCAACUUCGGUCAAAGCGAGGCUCAAGGACAGGGGGGCCGUGCAUCGCGGCGACGUGGUCCUGGUUGACUUGGGGGGCAAGGCCGCGGCUGCCGAAAUUGUGGCCCUGUGGGACUCGUGCGGAAUCGUUGGCGCUAUGUUGCUCAUGUUUUGCGACGUGGCGUCGUGGUCUCCGCGUUCUGCCACCGCAAGAUGGACGGUCCACGACGAUAGGCAGUAUGAGUUGAUCAGCCUCGAUAACAUCCUGUGCUCUGUGAUUUACCGAAGCUACGGUUGCACGUUGGCUACGUUGGUGCCGCAUUUCUGCAGGCGUUUGUUUGAGUAG